AUGUCCGCCUCAAUUGCGUCGCCCGAGCCGGCAAUUUCAAAAUCCGAAAAGAAGCACAAGAAGGACAAGGCGUCCAAAACCCGCAAGCACAAGAAAUCCAAGAGCGCAUCCGUCGAGGAGAACCAGGACGAAGAGGUCGAGGCUUCACAACUGCUGGACGACGAUGCCGAAGUAACGCACAAGAAGAAGAAGAAGGAGCACAAGAAGAAGCAUAAGGAAGAGGAGCACGAUGCCGAGGAUGCUGGCGAAGAGAAGCAGAAGAAGAAGAAGAAGUCCAAGAAGCAUGCCGACGAGGAAGCCGAAAACGAUGACGCUCCUGAAGCUGCAGAUGCCGAUGCUAGUACCAUGGAUGUCAAACAACCCGCCCAGCAGACAUCCUCUGAAGUCUACCAACCUCCCGAUAUCCCUGCCAACCCUCAGUAUCCAUUCUACAGCCAGACUGUUUCUCUUUACGAGCCCAUAUACCCCAUCGGCUGGUCGCAACCAGUAACGAACAGCGAGUACCAACACCUACAACACCUCAAGAACAAAUACGUUCCAUCCCUGAGGGGUGUGUUGAUGAACUACAAGAACGUCGCUCUGGGCGAGAACCCCGGCCGCAAAGGCGCCGCCGCUUCAGACGACGACCCGACCACUCUAAAGUCAGUCAAUGAGUUCGCAGUUGGCUUUGGCUGGAUCACGGCUGAGGUCGACUUGUUUGUCCCCAGCCGUGGUGCGUGGAUGGAAGGCAGCAUCAACCUUCAGACUGAAGGCCAUAUUGGUGUCGUUUGCUUUGGUCAAUUCAACGCCUCUAUUGAGGCUCGUCGUCUGCCAUCUGCCUGGAAGUGGGUCUCUAAUGAGGAUCCUGAGGCCUAUGGUAUGGAGGAGACUGCAUCAGUGAUUACUGCAGACGACCACGGAGUUGUGCGCCAGAUCCACAGCACGGGGUUCUGGGUUGACGGAAGUGGAAAGAAGGUUAAGGGCAAGAUUCGUUUCCGCAUUCGCAACUUCGAUGUCGGCGUCAGCGGCGAGACGAGCUACCUCAGUCUGGAAGGAACCAUGUUGGAUAGGGAGGCAGAAAAGGCACUUGUCAAGGAAGAGGCCGCUACGGCAGCUUUGAGAAAAGGAACCAAGGGAGCUCGCAAGGUCCAGCGAAGAAGAGCGCCAGAGUUCGCCAUGACACGCUUCAUGGACGAGGCGGAGCAACCAGCCGAGGCACCAUCUGCUGAGGCAGAAGCGACUACAGCAUAG